AUGGCGAACUCCAACAGCAAUCCACCCCCUCCCGGAGGGGGAACCUGGGCGACGCCGCACGAUUGGGCAACGUACCGCGAGACCAUCGCGGCGCUUUACGAGGGCCAGAACAUGACCUUGAAGAAGAUCAUGGAGAUCAUGGAGCGCGAGCACAACUUCUUCGCAACAUAUGAAGAGGUCAACGAGAUCAUCCGCCAACAGAGCAGCCGUGUGACGGCCACAAAGCCACCGGCAUCAGCUGUUGUGGUUGGCGCGCGUGUACGCAAGGGGGAUGGCAAACGGUCCCGGCCUUUCCGGCGCCAGCCCGAGGCUAUUAUCGUCCACAGCGGGUCCAGCUCCGGCCUCUCGCCCUCGGAGCGCACCACUAUGCAGAGGCUGACACCGUCACCGACGGCUCUGAGUUGUCGCAUGCCAACCCCACCCAACGAGCCUGCUCUGUCCAUGCUAUUUCCUCUCACUCCGCCGGCCGAUCUGAGAUAUCCCGAAGAGGCCGGUUAUCACAUCCAGAACUACUUUGCCGCAGCAUUCGGCCAAGGCAUGUGGACCCUCGAGGACCCGGAGUGGCUGACCUCCAACCGGCAUGUCGUCGACUGGUUUAACCGCAUCGCUUUGGCCCGGGGCACGUUGUCGGGCGGGCAUACGAAGCAAGGCUUCAAGCUGCUUCAGCGUUGCUUCGACGAGUAUAGGGAUAUGCUCGUCACCCAGGACCCUCGGCUGAUGAUUUACACCUGCGUAGCCAUCAUCCUUCUCGUGUCGUAUCCCGAGGUGAUUAACAUGCUUCUGAAGUACAUCGCCAACCUUGCGCGCAUCAUCCACGGCCCCUCCCACCCGCUGCACCAGUUCUGGAGUCAACUGCAGCACAUGGGUCUCAUCAAGCUGCUUGAAAAUGCCAGAACGCUCUUCGAAUGCCAGGUCGCCGAGUUCGGCAGAUACCUGGCCGAGGACAACCCAUUCAUGCAAAGCAUCACGGUCUUUUCGACGAGGUACCUCGCCAUAGCUCGCCUCAUUGAUUCCGACACGGCCGAGCGCCAGCUGCGGAAGCUUCCGCGUGACGGAGAUAAUGGGCGACUUUCCAUGGCGUUGGGGCAGAUCCAGGCGGCGGGAGGCAAGUAUGCCGAGGCGCGAAAGACGAUCCUCGACCUGCUGGAUAGCCCGAUAGACCGGGUCCGGACCAAGGCAGGGGCAUACGACACGCUGUUCCUCAUCAGCCGGAUGGAAGGCAAGGAGGACCUGGUGCGCGACGCGUCAGCAAAGCGCAUCACCUUCUGCCUCGAGACCUUUGGUCCCAAGAACGAGUGGACCAUCGACGCCGCCUCAGAUUAUGAGACGUUCCUCCGCGAGCUAGGAGAUACCGCGGCGGCCGACAGGGUCUUCUCCGACUUUGGUAUCCAGAUGGACAAGCUUACGGAGGGUGUCAAAGAACUCGAGAUCAAGUGA